AUGCUUUUCCGCAAUCGCUUCUUGCUGCUGCUGGCCCUGGCUGCCCUGCUGGCCUUUGUGAGCCUCAGCCUGCAGUUCUUCCACCUGACCCCGGUCUCCACAGCUAAGAAUGGAGUGAGUAGCAAGAGUCGAAAGAGAAUCAUGCCUGACCCAGUGACUGAGCCUCCCGUGAUGGACCCCAUUUACGAAGCUCUUUUGUACUGCAACAUCCCCAGUGUGGCCGAGCGCAGCAUGGAAGGUCACGCCCCGCAUCAUUUUAAGCUGGUCUCCGUGCAUGUGUUCAUUCGACACGGGGACAGGUACCCGCUGUAUGUCAUUCCCAAAACGAAGCGACCAGAAAUUGACUGCACUCUGCUGGCUAACAGGAAACCGUAUCACCCUAAACUGGAAGCUUUCGUUAGUCACAUGUCAAAAGGAUCCGGAGCCUCUUUCGAAAGCCCCCUGCACUCCCUGCCGCUUUACCCCAAUCACGCACUGUGUGAGAUGGGCGAGCUCACGCAGACAGGAGUCGUGCAGCAUUUGCAGAAUGGCCAGCUGCUGAGGGACAUCUAUCUAAAGAAACACAAACUCCUGCCGAAUAACUGGUCCACAGACCAACUUUACUUGGAGACCACUGGGAAAAGCCGGACGCUCCAGAGUGGGCUAGCCUUGCUUUAUGGUUUUCUCCCCGAUUUUGACUGGAAGAAGAUUCAUUUUAGGCACCAGCCAAGUGCUCUCUUCUGCUCCGGAAACUGCUAUUGUCCCCUGAGAAACCAGUAUCUGGAAAAGGAACAGCGUCGGCAAUACCUCUUACGUUUGAAAAACAGCCAGCUGGAGAGGACCUACGAGGACAUGGCCAGGAUCGUGGAUGUCCCCACCAAACAGCUUCGAGCGGCCAACCCCAUAGACUCCAUGCUCUGCCACUUCUGCCACAACGUCAGCUUCCCGUGCACCAGAAAUGGCUGUAUUGACAUGGAGCACUUCAAGGUGAUCAAGACACAUCAGAUAGAGGACGAGAGAGAGAGGCGGGAGAAGAAACUGUAUCUGGGCUAUGCACUCCUGGGCGCCCACCCCAUCCUCAAUCAGACCGUCACCCGGAUGCAGCGUGCUGCGGAGGGCAGGAAAGAAGAGAUCUUCACCCUCUACUCUGCUCACGAUGUCACCCUGUCACCAGUUCUCAGUGCCUUGGGCCUUAUGGAAGCCAGAUUCCCAAGGUUUGCAGCCAGGUUGAUCUUUGAGCUCUGGCAAGACAGAGAAAAGCCCAGUGAGCAUUCUGUCCGGAUUCUUUAUAAUGGUGUUGAUGUCACGUUCCACACCUCUUUUUGCCAGGACCACCACAAGCAUUCUUCCAAGCCCAUGUGCCCCCUAGAAAACCUAGUCCGCUUUGUCAAAAGGGACAUGUUUGUGGGCCUGGGGAGUAGUACUAGUACUAAUUAUUAUGAUGCAUGUCACAGGGAAGGAUUCUAA